UUGUUUACAUUCUGUCACUAAUGGACCAAUAUCAACUAUCUAAAUUGAGCAAUAUAUGAGUGGGAACUAAUUUUUGCACCUCUGCACAUGCAGUUUAAGUGUUUCAGAUAAAGUCAAAGACCAAGAGACCGGGGGGUGGGGGUACUGAGAGAGACAGGAAGUAAGACAGCAAGUCUUUUUUUUUCACUUUACUUGAUCAGAAAAGACGCUAGAAAAGCAGCAGAGAAGGAAGCUUUUUAAGAGAAAAAAAAGAAAAGACAUUUUAUUCCUACCUAUGAUUAUGCAACAAACUUAAAACUGUAAAUCUGACAGAAAGCAAAGGAAAACGCCACCAGUCACUUCAUCUGUGCAAUGGAGCAGCUGCAUCACCUCUGCUUCCUUGUUCUGCUCAUCUCUUUGGUUGGUCAAAGACAAACCCAACCGUUGCCUCAGAACAACACUCAUGCUACGACACAAGUAACAACGAGAGAGUCUACUGUUGUGGACGACAGCUCAACUCGGACAACAACCAACGUACCUUUUUCUGAAGUCAACAGUUCCUUGUUGGCACCAACCAAUGCAACUCCCAUGGAGAAUGAUAACUCAACUGAGGGAACGACCUUAGUUCCUACCUCUGAAGGGACCAGCUCAACCCGCAAAAAGGAUGAAGCAUCUCAAUCGGAAGAGACCAGUCCUUCCUCAGCACCAACCGAAGAACCUCCUCCUCCACCUCCUCCUCCUAAGAACAGUUCAAGCUGGGGAUACGUGAUUCUGGUUUUCAUCAUCCUGAUCAUCAUUGCCUUGAGUCUUAUGCUCUUUUUUAUCAGAAGAGCAUCCAGGUCGUACUCAUUUGAUCUGCAUCGUCCAAGUCCUAUGAACAACAGAAAUGAGCCUACUGGGACCUUUGAGGCAGUCUACCUUGACGACUUUGAUCGACCAGACCUUAAAGACCAUAUCACUGAUAACACUUCCUCCCUUCCAGUAGCCAACGGUUCAGGUCCAAAGUCUGAGGAGAACGGUUCUAGUGGAGCAAAUGAUCCUCAGGAACAAGAUGAGGAUAAAAGUGUGGAGAGCAGAUCCGCCAGUGUGAGCAGUCAGACUUUGGCCGACAGCCAGGACGAAAAGAAAGCCAGCCCUCCUGACCAAAACAACCCGUUCAUGGAAGCAGCUGGAGAACAGGAGAACGAAAACAAUAAUAAUCCAUCCACUCACUCCAGUGCUCCUUUCGUUGAAAUAAAUCUGAACGGGCCGGCAUUGUGCGACCAGCUCCUCUCCCCAUCUGAGUCCUCCACCGUCCAACCGUUCUCCAUCUUCUCCACCUCCCCCACCUCCUCCAUCUCCUCGUCUUCUUAGUACUUUUAACUUUAACUGACCCUCAAGAUAAACAAGACGUUUUUCACAAAAAAACUGAAGAUUUGUUUUGCUAUUCCUGAAGCACAAUUGUAAAUUUUAUGUAAAUGAUGUGGAAAUUGUAGAUACACACAAAGAAACACACACCUAUGCACACAAUCAAGCCUGUGAUUAAUGAAUCAAACUUACCCGUCCAUUUCCCUCCGUUUCCCGCUCGAUUUUGAGUGUCUGCCACGCGACAAACUUGUUAUUCCUAUUAACUACGGUCAAAAUGGUGCACUUCCGGACCAAACUACCAAAAUAAACUACCUGGAAAAGGAAAACAGAAAUUCACCAGAACGUAUAGAACUAAGUAUGUAUUUGUAUCACAUUUAACUCAUGAUGUAAGCUUUUCCUGUACUUUUUAUUUUCUAAAUAAAGAGUGAAAGGACGUUUAAAAAAAAG